CCAUGAUCUGGUGGCAGUGACCGGAUUAGACAUUACCGCCUCAGCACAAGAAGGAUUUAGUCAAGGACGCUGCGGCUGCCAGAGCCAGCGGGAGGACUGCAGCCCCGGGUGCCAGGAGUCACCAGGUUUCAUGAUGUUCAGCUGGAUUGAUAAAGUGAUUCCACAACCUCCAGAGACCCCUAAAAGGGCCUCCCUCGAGGAGCAGGACACGGGCGCCGCCCCCACUGACCGGUGUCGGGAGACUGUGACCUGUCCUCGGAAAGAGAGCGCAGGCCCUCCAGCUGACCGCGGAGCACCGGACACCGGCUCAGCGUCUGAGAAGAGUUCGGGGGGAGUUCUCGGCUGGCUAGCACAAGGACUGGGGAAGGUGGUCCCUCAGCCUGCGGAUAGUCCUGCUCUGAGCAGAGCAGUCCAGGAGGUGACGGAUGCCGCAGUGGAGCAGAACCUGAAGGCCGUCAGCGACUCGGUGGACAGAGCAGCAGAGCACGCCCCCGCGGAGCAGAGUGACAGUUCCUCCCUGGGUGUCCUAUCCUGGUUGUCACACGGUUUGGAGAAGGUCGUUCCCCAGCCAACAUGGAGCCUGGGGGUGAGCACUGGCGCCAGCUCCGAGCCCAGUGCUGUGGAGCAGCAGAAACCACAACCAGAAAAGGUGGAAGAAGAAGUGAUUGUGGCUCCGGCAUCCCCAGUUGCUGUCAGUCCAGGACCACCACCCCCAUCUGUCCCAGCUGAGGUACAUCCAGGAGUCACCCCAGAAGUGGAGGCUGAAGCAGCAGACAAGAAGCCUGAGCAGAGUGCUGGGACCGGAGUGUUAAACUGGCUCAUGCAAGGACUGGGAAAAGUGGUGCCGCAGCCAGAGAUACCAACUGGGACCACAAAAACUAUGGAGGUGGAGAAGCCUAAAGAGGAGGAGGCGCCCCCUGCAGUGACCCAGAAGGAGUCUAAGGGCAGUGCUGACAGCUCCAGGGUGCUGACCUGGAUAAGUCAAGGUCUGGAGAAGGUCAUUCCACAACCAGUAGUGACAACCAAACAGGACUCUCAGAAUGUAACAUUGUGUCAGGUGGAAGAAAUCUGUAUUCCACCGCCAGAUGCCGAGCAAGACGUGAGCGCAGAGCCCCUGGCGGACGAAGUCCCAGCGGAGCGGGCGCCUGAUGUAGUCGGGCAGUCGGAGGACAGGAGCCUGGUGACUGAGGAUAUAGAGUCCCACCUGCAGGACGAGGCUGCACCAGAUGAAAGCGUAGAAGAAGUUGGAACACAACCUGAGGUUCCUGUCUCGCUCGUGAGACCACCAGAACACGAGGAAGGGAAAAGGGUUGAAAGAGAAGUCACGGAGUCUGAGAACGAAGUCUCUUCACAGUGUCUCUCGGAUCUAGAGCGUCUCUUCACGGCGUCUCUCUCGGAUCUAGAGCGUCUCUUCACAGUGUCUCUCUUGGAUCCAGAGCGUCUCUUCACGGCGUCUAUCUCGGAUCUAGAGCGUCUCUUCACGGUGUCUCUCUCGGAUCCAGAGCGUCUCUUCACGGUGUCUCUCGGAUACAGAGUCUCUCUUCACGGCGUCUCUCGGAUACAGAGUCUUCUCUUCACGGUGUCUCUCAGAUAUAGAGCGUCUCUUCACGGUGUCUCUCUCGGAUCUAGAGCGUCUCUCUCGAAUCUAGCGCGUCUCUUCACGGCGUCUCUCUCGGAUCUAGCACGUCUCUUCACGGUGUCUCUCUCGGAUCUAGAGCGUCUCUUUACAGCGCCUCUCGGAUAUAGAGAGAGGCUUUCCUGGAUUUUGGAGGAAGAAGAGGAAGAAUCAGAGCUGCAGGUCUCCUGCUACCACAGUGACAGCGAAGACGAGGCCCAGGUGACGCAUAACGGCUGCCUUAGUAACCGUCCUGUGCACGGAGCCGAGAAUCAAUCCGAUUACCAGAGAGAAUGCCCGAAACCAUCGGCUGCCGAGCCCGCCAUCACCGUGACCUCCUCCCGUCAUGGCGGCUGUGAUGUGACCUCCUCCCGUCAUGGCGACUGUGAUGUGACCUCCUCCUGUCAUGGCGGCUGUGAUGUGACCUCCUCCCGUAAUGGCGGCUGUGAUGCGACCUCCUCCUGUCAUGGCGGCUGUGAUGUGACCUCCUCCCGUCCUGGCGGCUGUGAUGUGACCUCCUCCUGUCAUGAUGGUUGUGAUGUGACCUCCUCCCGUAAUGGCGGCUGUGAUGCGACCUCCUCCUGUCAUGGCGGCUGUGAUGUGACCUCCUCCCGUCCUGGCGGCUGUGAUGUGACCUCCUCCUGUCAUGGCGGCUGUUAUGUGACCUCCUCCCGUCAUGACGGCUGUGAUGUGACCUCCUCCCGUCAUGGCGGCUGUGAUGCGACCUCCUCCCGUCAUGGCGGCUGUGAUGUGACCUCCUCCCGUCAUGGCGGCUGUGAUGUGACCUCCUCCCGUCAUGGCGGCUGUUAUGUGACCUCCUCCCGUCAUGACGGCUGUGAUGUGACCUCCUCCCGUCAUGGCGGCUGUGAUGUGACAUCCUCCCGUCAUGGCGGCUGUGAUGUGACCUCCGCCCGUCAUGGCGGCUUUGAUGUGACCUCCUCCCAUCAUGGCGGCUGUGAUGUGACCUCCUCCCAUCAUGGCGGCUGUGAUGUGACCUCCUCCCGUCAUGGCGGCUGUGAUGUGACCUCCUCCCGUCAUGGCGGCUGUGAUGUGACCUCCUCCCGUCAUGGCGGCUGUGAUGUGACCUCCUCCCGUCAUGGCGGCUGUGAUGUGACCUCCUCCCGUCAUGGCGGCUGUGAUGUGACCUCCUCCCGUCAUGGCGGCUGUGAUGUGACCUCCUCCAGUCAUGGCGGCUGUGAUGUGACCUCCUCCCGUCAUGGCGGCUGUGAUGUGACCUCCUCCCGUCAUGGCGGCUGUGAUGUGACCUCCUCCCGUCAUGGCGGCUGUGAUGUGACCUCCGCCCGUCAUGGCGGCUGUGAUGUGACCUCCUCCCGUCAUGGCGGCUGUGAUGUGACCUCCUCCCGUCAUGGCGGCUGUGAUGUGACCUCCUCCCGUCAUGGCGGCUGUUAUGUGACCUCCUCCGGUCAUGGCGGCUGUGAUGUGACCUCCUCCCGUCAUGGCGGCUGUUGUGUGACCUCCUCCGGUCAUGAUGGUUGUGAUGUGACCUCCUCCCGUCAUGGCGGCUGUGAUGUGACCUCCUCCCGUCAUGGCGGCUGUGAUGUGACCUCCUCCCGUCAUGGCGGCUGUGAUGUGACCUCAUCCCGCCAUGGCGGCUGUGAUGUGACCUCCUCCCGUCAUGGCGGCUGUGAUGUGACCUCCUCCCGUCAUGGCGGCUGUGAUGUGACCUCCUCCCGUCAUGGCGGCUGUUAUGUGACCUCCUCCUGUCAUGGCGGCUGUGAUGUGACCUCCUCCCGUCAUGGCGGCUGUUGUGUGACCUCCUCCGGUCAUGAUGGUUGUGAUGUGACCUCCUCCCGUCAUGGCGGCUGUUGUGUGACCUCCUCCCGUCAUGGCGGCUGUGAUGUGACCUCCUCCCGUCAUGGCGGCUGUGAUGUGACCUCCUCCCGUCAUAGCGGUUGUGAUGUGACCUCCUCCCGUCAUGGCGGCUGUGAUGUGACCUCCUCCCGUCAUGGCGGCUGUGAUGUGACCUCCUCCCGUCAUGGCGGCUGUUAUGUGACCUCCUCCUGUCAUGGCGGCUGUGAUGUGACCUCCUCCCGUCAUGGCGGCUGUUGUGUGACCUCCUCCGGUCAUGAUGGUUGUGAUGUGACCUCCUCCCGUCAUGGCGGCUGUGAUGUGACCUCCUCCCGUCAUGGCGGCUGUGAUGUGACCUCCUCCCGUCAUGGCGGCUGUGAUGUGACCUCAUCCCGUCAUGGCGGCUGUGAUGUGACCUCCGCCCGUCAUGGCGGCUGUGAUGUGACCUCCUCCCGUCAUGGCGGCUGUGAUGUGACCUCCUCCCGUCAUGGCGGCUGUGAUGUGACCUCCUCCCGUCAUGGCGGCUGUUGUGUGACCUCCUCCGGUCAUGGCGGCUGUGAUGUGACCUCCUCCCGUCAUGGCGGCUGUGAUGUGACCUCCUCCUGUCAUGGCGGCUGUUAUGUGACCUCCUCCCGUCAUGGCGGCUGUUGUGUGACCUCCUCCCGUCAUGGCGGCUGUGAUGUGACCUCCUCCCGUCAUGGCGGCUGUGAUGUGACGCGGUUCCUGUGUUUUUUGCAGGGUCUGGAAGAAGUUGUUGGUAUUUUCUCGGCUGUGGAUUCAGAUCUGCUUCAUAAAUUCAAUUCCAGAAGUACAGUGAAGACUGCCACAGGAACUGCCGCCAUCAUGUCCCGCCACAGCGCUGACGUAGAGCUGUCUCGACUGGUGCCCUCUGGUGGUCGUGGCGGGCGAUGCUCACAAGCUGCCUUCCCAGAAGGCCCAGACCAGCUUCCUAAUGUUCCCCACUACCGAGCCCCUUCUGUCCCGCUCAGCUUCAGAGGUGGGGUGCUGAACCCCACCUUCCAGGGCGACGCCGGCUGCCCCCGCCAUGCUGCAGAUGUCAUGUCCUUCAGUCACCCUGCAGUCAGUAUUGAGGAUGUGGACUCCGGCAGUGUCACGGAUACUCUGGUGCAGGAGGCUCCUAUCCACCCCCCUGUUUCCCCGUACAAGCUCCGGACGCUGACUGUUCCAGGAACUUCCCUGGCAGCAAAGAGCCGGAAGAGGACGCAGUCUGAGGCGGAAAACCUGGAGGAAGCGGACCCAGAGGAGGAAGAGGUCAUGGAGCGCUCUGCAUCCACUGUCAGCCACAGCAGUGCUGUCAUCACGGAACGGCUGCAGGAGCUGGUGCGGCUCUUCAAGGACAGGACAGAGCGAGUAAAGGAGCGACUCAUAGAUCCUGAGAUGUCUUCUGAGGAGGAGAGUCCGCCUUCAUCACCAUCUAAAAAAGCUGCUGCUCCACCACCUCCCCCUCCUGAGGUGAAGCCAGAAAACGAGGGUGCUGCAGUGGAGGGGCAUGAUUGUGAGAUGCUCUGCUGCAAGUUCAAGAUCCGGCCAUGGCGCAAGCGCUUCCAUAAGUAUGAGUUCCCCGCCAGCAUCGAUCCAUUGACCAACCUCAUGUAUGUCCUGUGGCUUUUCUUUGUGGUGUUGGCCUGGAACUGGAACUGCUGGCUGAUCCCCGUGCGCUGGGCUUUCCCCUAUCAGACGCCGACAAACAUCCAUUACUGGCUGUUCAUGGACUACCUGUGUGACCUCAUCUACCUGCUGGACAUCGUCGUCUUCCAGGUCCGGCUGCAGUUUGUGCGAGGUGGUGACAUCAUAACAGACAAGAAGGAUAUGCGUCAGCACUAUAUAAAGACGGAGCGAUUUAAGAUGGACGUCAUCUCUCUCCUUCCUCUGGAUCUGCUCUACCUAAAAUUUGGAGUGAAGUCCAUCCUGCGUUUGCCGCGUAUACUGAAGUACAUGGCUUUCUUCGAAUUCAACAACCGUCUGGAGGCCAUUCUGAGUAAAGCGUACAUCUACAGAGUCAUCCGCACCACCGCCUACCUCCUGUACUGUCUGCACAUGAACGCAUGCCUCUAUUAUUGGGCCUCUGACUACCAGGGGCUGAGGUCCACCAAAUGGGUGUAUGACGGAGAGGGUAACAGCUACAUCCGCUGCUAUUAUUGGGCGGUGAAGACCCUCAUCACCAUCGGAGGCCUCCCAGACCCUCAGACACUUUUUGAGCUUUGGUUCCAGUUGCUGAAUUACUUCAUGGGUGUGUUUGCCUUCUCUGUAAUGAUCGGUCAGAUGAGGGACGUCGUGGGAGCAGCGACCGCCGGUCAGACAUAUUACCGCAGCUGUAUGGACAGCACCAUAAAGUACAUGACCUGCUACAAGAUACCCCGCCCUGUCCAAAAACGCGUCAAGAUGUGGUAUGAGUACACUUGGCAGUCCCAAGGCAUGCUGGAUGAGUCGGAGCUGAUGGUUCAACUUCCUGAUAAAAUGAGGUUGGAUCUGGCCAUUGACGUGAAUUACAACAUCGUCAGUAAAGUGGGUCUGUUCCAGGGUUGUGACCGUCAGAUGAUUUACGACAUGCUGAAGAGACUCCGCUCUGUGGUUUACCUGCCUGGAGACUACGUGUGUAAGAAGGGAGAGAUUGGACGUGAAAUGUACAUCAUAAAAGCUGGAGAGGUGCAGGUCUUGGGUGGCCCAGAUGGACAGACAGUGCUGGUCAGCUUAAAGGCUGGCUCCGUGUUUGGAGAAAUCAGUUUGCUGGCGCUGGGUGGCGGAAACAGACGAACAGCAAAUGUAGUCGCUCAUGGAUUUACCAACCUGUUCAUCCUGGACAAGAAGGAUUUGAAUGAAAUCCUCACCCACUACCCGGAGUCUCAGAAGGUUCUUAGAAGGAAAGCAAAGAAAAUGCUUAAAAACAGCAAUAAACCAAAAGAGGAGGGUCCACAGCAAAAGGGUUUCCAGCACAUUAUACCACCAAAACCAGAGACCCCAAAGUUGCUGAAAGCCGCUGUUGCUGUCACAGAGAAGAUGGGCUUCAAAGGACUGUCAAAAAUAAGACGACAACUGAAAAUGAAAAAAUCUGUGGAACCUGCAAGAAGCAGCCCCAUCCCACCUGGAUCCCCAGUGCACCGCCGCUCUCCCGUACCCGCCAUCCGGUCAGAGGAGGAGGAGUCUGCUGAGAUUGUUGCAGAGUCUACAGACAACAGGGUAUUUAUAAGGGUCAGCCCGUCCCCGCGGGGAGAUGAGCAGAUCCUGUCUGUGGAGGUAACCGCCCCCGAGGAGGACCAGGACCAGAAGUGAGAGGUGGUACCCCGGACGUAGAAGAUCAUGUGCAUUUAGUACUUACUGCUCCGUAGCACCGUUAUGUGGUGGUGGUGCGCAUGGUCCAUGGAUAUCAGAAAAUGCAGGGUUAACCAUAGCCUGCGCUUAGUCCUUAACCUUUGCAUGGUUAGGAGUUUGUCCUGCAAAUGGUGUCCUAUAGGUGGACGUAGCCCCUAUGGAGGUGCUGUGAAGAUGAGAUCCUGGAGGUUCCUGGACACAACAUCCUCCUCCAGAUGCAGACUGACAUGGAGCUUGUGAUCCUGCAGAUUGUCCACUGCCUCCGGUCACAUCCGAUGGACUGAAAGGUGAUGGCUGCAGGGGAGGUGGCGGCUGGGACAGUGUCUGAUCAGUGGCACAAACCAGAAUGUGCUUAUCGUCCUGUGACUGGGUCACCACUCUGAAGAUCAGCCGCUUCUUGACAUAGCCGCAGCAGCUUUAUACCAGGCGGGAUUGUUAGAUGCUGAAACCUUAUUCUGAAAUAAAAAUAAUGGUGACAGCUGC